AAUUCUACAGCUCUUACGGAUGUCAAGUCACAAGGGAAAUCUAUACAGGUAAAAGAUUUAUCUAUCAAACUCAUCUUGUUCUUAAUUUUAUUUUUGUGUGUGUGCUUUUUCAAAAAACUUAUGUAUUAGAUAAUUCCUUCAGUAAUUUAUUCAAAAAAUAAAUAAAUAAACUUAAGUAUGUACUAGAAAAAGACGGAAAAAGGUACAAAAAAAGGCUUGUUAUUGUAAUAAAUUGGUCGUCUAUCUAGGUAUUCAAUAACCAGCAACCAAAUUGAUUUGUAUAAUCACCCCACAUGCUGCUUGAAGCUGCAGAUGGCAGCCGAGUUGGAUGAUUUUGUUGUGAUCUUGGCCAUUAGUACCCUAGGUUUCAUCUCCCUGUGUAAUCCAAUCCUCGGUUUUAUCAAAUGGGUUUGGAUUAUGUUCUUCAGGUCACCAAAGAAUCUCAAGGACUACGGUUCAUGGGCUAUAGUCACUGGCUGUACUGAUGGGAUUGGGAAAGCCCUGGCGUUUCAACUGGCAUCAAAGGGUCUUCACUUAGUCUUGGUUGGGCGAAACCCUUCAAAACUUGAAGCUACCUUAAAUGCUAUACAUGAAAGAUUUGGUGCACAAGUCGAAACCAGAAACGUUGUCAUCGACUUGGCUAAAUCCAGUGGAGAAGAGAUAUCCAAGACGAUGAAGGAUGUUAUCAGAGGGCUAGACAUUGGUGUUCUUGUAAACAACGCAGGCUUGGCCUACCCCAGUGCCAGAUUUUUCCAUGAGGUCGAUUCGGAGUUGAUGGAGAGUAUUAUAAAGGUGAAUAUAGAGGGAGCUACCUGGAUUACUAAAGCAGUGCUUCCGGUUAUGAUGAAAAAGAAAAAAGGGGCGAUAGUCAAUGUUGGCUCUGGUUCCUCUGGUGGCAUCUGUUCUUACCCGUUAUACACCAUUUAUGCUGCUACCAAAGCAUACCUUGCAAUGUGGUCAAGAAGCAUCAACUUGGAAUACAAGAAAAACGGAAUCGAUAUUCAGUGUCAGAUUCCAUUGUUUGUGGCCACAAAGAUGUCAAGGUUAAAGAGAGCUUCCUUAUUCAUCCCAUCACCAGAAAUGUAUAGCAAAGCAAGCUUACGAUGGAUUGGUUAUGAGCAUCUGUGUGUACCUUAUUGGCCACAUUCUGUGCAGUGUUCCAUAAUGAAUGCAUUGCCAGAUGCCUUGAAGGAUCAAUGGCUUUUCAAUUACUUUCUUGGGAUGCGGAAGAGAGCGCUGUUAAAAGACUCAGAAAUUCAGAGCAAACAUGAUCCAGAAUACCACAAAUCCUUGAGUUGGCUCUUUGACUGCAUGUAGGUGUAUCAUGUCAAAAAAAGAAAUUCCCUGUAUUUGCAAGUAGGGUUAAAAGAAAUUGAUAAUAAGCACUUAGAUGGUCAAAUCUUGCUGCAAUAACUUAAAAAUAGAAACUGCGUGUUCAAAAUUCAGUUGUAAUGUCUUUCGUUUUUUGGUUUAGUUGCCGAGGAGAUUUUAUGAGGAUAUAGAGGCCUUGAUUUUGAAUUAGG